AUAUAGAACAUUUAAAAUAUAUAUAUUGCAUCCUACUCACCCUCCCGUCACAUUAUUCUUUUCGUUUUCGGUCAGAUUUGCUCACAAUUGUAAAGGGUCCAAAUUGAUAAGUAUUAAGAAUAGUCCAAGUCUUGGAGCCAAUUGUUGUUUCCACGACUACUUUCCCCCAAACUGUAUCCUUUCUAUGCACCAAUCUUCUUUUUUCCUCUUUAUAAAAACUCUACAAACUUUGGUAAGUUGUUCAAUAAAUCAAUUCAAAUAUUCCUUCAUAAGAAACAAUAUGAUACGAUGUCACGAAACUCAAGAAGAAGGAGACUGGUCUCAUGAAGAUCAUCAAAUAUCUAUUUCGCAAGCAUUUCAUCAAUGUAUCGCUACUCUUGUUGGUCACACAUCCUCUUACAUUUCAUCUCUAACCCUUGCAGGAAAGAGACUUUACACAGGCUCCAGCGAUGGACUUGUAAGAUUGUGGGAUGCAAACUCGAUGGAAACAUUAGCCGAAGCGUCAAGCAACGGCGAUGUUAUAACAGGAGAAAGAGGAGACGGAGGAGCAGUGAAGUCAUUGGUAAUAUUGGCGGAUAAACUCUUCACAGCACACCAAGAUCAAAAGAUACGUGUCUGGAAGAUAAACGACGUCGUUGAAGAAGCAGAAGCGAGUAAUAAAAAGUACAUGCAUAUAGCAACGAUGCCAACGAUGAGUGACCGUUUGGCAAAGUGUUUGAUGCCUAACAACCAAGUCCAAAUAAGGAGGCACAAGAAAGCUUCUUGGGUUCACCAUGUAGACGCGGUUUCGGGUUUAGCAUUAUCAAGAGAUGGAGCACUACUCUAUUCUGUCUCAUGGGACCGGACGCUCAAGAUCUGGCGAACCACCGAUUUUAAAUGCCUAGAGUCCAUUACAAACGCCCACGAGGAUGCAAUCAAUGCUGUUGAGCUGUCCGAGAAUGGAGAUAUAUACACAGGGUCUUCUGACCGGAAAAUUAAAGUGUGGAGGAAGAAGAACCUCGAUGAGGAGAAAAAGAAAAAGAAUAAACAUUAUUUGGUUGCAACAUUGUCAGAGCAAGAUUCAGGUAUUAACGCGUUGGCGUUAAGCAGUUACAAUCUGUUGUAUUCGGGUGGAUCUGACGGAUCUAUAUUGGUGUGGGAAAGAGACCACGAAGGUGGAGACAUUGCUGUUGCUGGAGGGCUAAGAGGUCACACAGAGUCUGUUCUUUGCCUUGCGGUUGUUUCAGACAUAGUCUGUAGUGGCUCUGCAGAUAAGACAGUGAGGCUGUGGAAAUGUUCUUUGGCGGAUUAUUCGUGCUUAGCUGUGUUGGAGGGGCAUAGAGGACCAGUUAAAUGCUUAACCGGAGCCAUUCGUGAUUCCGGUACACAAUCAGAGGCUUCUUAUCACAUUUACAGUGGAGGACUUGACUCUCAAGUUAAGGUUUGGCAGAUUUUGGUACCAACCUUAUAAUUUAAAUAAAUUAAGUUGGAUGGGAUACAAAAUAUGUGGCUUUUGUUAGUAAUUUGUUUCUUCUGUUAAUAUUUGUUGAUCCGUUUUCUUGAUGAGUUUAUGUUUUGGGAUAAUAAAUGAAUUGAGUGUGGAAUGUGUGAGAUGAGUAUGUUACUUGAAUAAAAGAAGAGAGCUUCUAUCACAUAAACUCGAGUUGACUGCGAGUCCCCUGUUUCCAUUACAUGUUUAAAAAAUCUAAUUCUUAGCAAUUUGGUCUCACCAGAAUCUAAUCAAACCAAGUAGGUAUAAAAUCUUUGUUAAAGAAGUCUAUUAUAUUAGUGCAAUAGCAUAUAAACUAUCCAAAAGGGGACAAGUAGAUUGUCUAUUCGGUAUUGUUUAUAGCGAGACUAAUUACGGGAAAAGACAUAACUUCAUGGUAUUAGCUUUAAACAUCUGUUUUUUUUGUUUGCUCCAGUUUUAUCAUGUACACAAUAUUGUAAGUAGAUUUAAAACGAAGAUAGAUUUUGCUCUAUAUAUCUUUAUUAAAGUGACAAACUUAGAUAGAAAGGUAAAUAUUUCAUGAAUAAUUUUAUUUUUGUGCAGAGAAAUAAAAGGAAAGUAAAAGCUUAAUUUAGAAUAACAAAAUCAAAAGAUUAUUAGAUUAAUAUUCUAUCCGUUUCAUUUUAAUUGUUUAAAAUUUAUUUUUCAUUUAAAUGUUCUUUUAUGUUUUUAAUACAUUUAUUUGAUAGUUUUUCCAAUUUUACCUUUUUUCUUUUAAUUUAUUAAUUAACAUGAUCAAAUAAUACUGUGUAUUAAUUAAGGGUAUAACAUAAAUGAUUUUUUUUAAUCUGUGUAAAAAACUUAGAACCACGAAUAAAAUGAAACAGAAGGACGAUCAUAGAGAUGCAAGAGGAAACUUGCACAAGCAUCACCAAAAAUUGUUCAACAGUACAAAUUACAAAACAAAACAUCAUAAGUUCAUAACCCAUUCGGAUAACCAAAAUUGUUAUCAUCUGUAUUUAAAUAUAUUUACAUUAACUGCUUUUUCUUUGAACGGCUUACAUUAACUGCUGAAACAAACUACAACAUCAUAAAACCAUUCAAAACAAAAUUGUUUACAUCUCUAUUUGAAUAUAUUUUUGUGUAAUCGAUAAAUGUAGUGUGGAUUUGUCAGCAAGGAAUGCCCAUUGUCGAUAUUUGUGAUCUCUUUUAUGAGCACUUGUGUUCUUUAUGAUAAUGUAUUGGUUUAAUCAAUAAAUAAAGUUCGUUAUGUAACAAAAUUGGAUUUUAUGUCGGAUACCUAACUUCAAUACCCAAUCCUAUCCACUAAAAAGCCAAAAAAAAGUUUACUGGACAACAGAGUAUAUAAUUACGAGCAAGGAAACGAAUACAAAGAAGCAACAAAAAAAGCACAUGUCUACAUAGUGGGGAUCUGAUGUCAUACAAUAUGUAUCCUAUUCUCAUUUGGUUUCAACAUUGUGGGUUCUUUUAAAAUUCUCCAAAUUUUGACGUGAUUAAAUAAAACUAGACACGGAUAAGUUAGGUAUCCAAGUCAUAUUGCCAAAUGACAUUUUCAACAUUAUUGUUUCUCUUAUUAUAAUAGGUAAUAUACCUUUUUACUUCCAGUUGCAUACACAUUAACAAGCAGAGCAGUCACGAAGAGAUGAGAGAUUGUGAAUAAUUUGCUGGCUUUUGAUUUGGACUUAGCACUAACAUGUUCCAACCCCUCAAAUUCAAAACAAACAUAUAUAACAGUUCUAUAGGCUAACAAA